AUGGCUUCUUCUUUUCAUGCUUCUUCAGCAAUAAUAUCAUCCAUAAUAGUGUCAAUAAUUAUUCUCAUUUGCAUGCCAUGUUCUGCUUUUGGCUUUAUUAAUGAGAAAGAGGUUAUAGAUGCUCCUUUGUUAACACAAAAGUUAGGAAUUAAUCGCACCAUCAAAGUAGAUAUUAAUGGCAAUGGGGACUUCAAAUCUGUUCAAGCUGCCAUUGAUUCCAUUCCCGAAGGGAAUUCCAAUUGGGUCAUUCUCCAUGUUAGGAAAGGAGUAUACAGAGAAAAGGUACACAUACCAAAGACUAAGCGUUACAUAUUCAUGAGAGGGAAUGGAAAGGGAAGAACAGCCAUAGUUUGGUCUCAAAGCUCCUCCGAUAACAUUGAUUCUGCUACCUUCAAAGUUGAAGCCCGUGAUUUCAUUGCAUUUGGAAUUAGCUUCAAGAACGAAGCACCAACGGGUAUUGCAUAUACCUCACAGAAUCAAUCGGUGGCAGCAUUUGUGGCUGCAGACAAAAUUGCAUUUUACCAUUGUGCAUUUUUCAGUACUCAUAACACUCUCUUUGAUUACAAAGGCAGACACUACUAUGAGUCUUGCUACAUUCAAGGCUCAAUUGAUUUCAUUUUUGGCCGUGGCAGAUCCAUCUUUGAGGGGUGUGAGAUAUUUGUAAUUGAUGACAAAAGGGUCACAAUUCAUGGGUCAAUCACAGCACAAAACAGGGAGAGUGAACGAGAGAUAAGUGGAUUCAUAUUCAAUAAAUGCAGGGUUUAUGGCAUUGGUGGGGUGUACCUAGGAAGGGCUAAGGGUCCUUAUUCUAGGACCAUUUUUGCUCACUCUUAUCUCUCCAAGACUGUUGUUCCUGAGGGUUGGACCAAUUGGAGCUAUGAUGGUCCCACAAAGAAUCUGUAUCAUGCUGAGUACAAGUGCUAUGGACCAGGAGCCACAAGAGAGGGAAGAGCUUCAUGGUCAAGACAACUUAGUGACCAAGAAGUUGCUUCAUUUUUGUCUGUUGAUUACAUAGAUGGCAAGAAUUGGUUGCCAGCGUGGCACUAAUUAAUUUCACCCAUAACAUCAAAGGCACACUCAAAAACACGUAUUGCUAGAUACAUACCCACUUUGUUAAGACAGCUUGUACUUUAAAUAUUAAGUACUCUAUGAUGAGAAUCAAGUCUAGGAUAGAUAGA